AUGCGCUGCUAUGUGUGUUUACUCCUUGCCGUCAGCCCGCGCUGCUUCGGAUCCAAGAUGGCGGCGGGAGAGAGCGGCGGAAGAGCUGCGUGCCUCAGUGUCUCGCCCCCGGGGCCUCUGGGCAACGUCCAGCCGAGCAACAGCGCUCAUUCUACGCCCACGGGCAACGGGGGCUCCGCUGGAGGGACGGGAGCAGCGCAAGGCGCUACGGGGCACUCGAACCCUCAGCCAGGCCGCGGCGUCGGCGGAAGCCUCGGAGUGGCAGUGGGAGCCCCGCCGCACGCUCGGAACCCGCCCCCGCAGGCGCCGGCGCACAACGCCGCGGCCGCCGCCGCCACCGCCACCAAUAUGACCGCGGGUGCAACGAGCUCAUCUGCGACGGCGGCGGCGGCAGCGGCGGCCGCCCCUGCGACCGCCACCGCGGCGACCCCUUCCGUGCCGUCCGGGCCGCCGUCGGCCGCCGUGCUGGUGUACCGCGAGCCCGUGUACAACUGGCAGGCGACGAAGAGCACGGUGAAGGAGCGCUUCGCCUUCCUCUUCAACAACGAGGUGCUGAGCGACGUGCACUUUCUCGUGGGCAAAGGGAUGGGCGUCCAGCGCAUACCCGCGCACAGGUUUGUUCUUGCAGUGGGAAGUGCAGUGUUUGAUGCCAUGUUCAACGGGGGCAUGGCCACCACUUCUACUGAAAUCGAGCUGCCCGACGUAGAACCAGCAGCCUUUCUCGCCUUACUCAAGUUCCUGUAUUCGGACGAGGUGCAGAUCGGACCGGAGACGGUGAUGACCACGCUUUACACGGCUAAGAAGUACGCCGUCCCGGCCUUGGAGGCCCACUGCGUGGAGUUCCUCAAGAAGAACUUGCGUGCUGACAACGCUUUCAUGUUGCUUACACAGGCUCGGCUCUUUGACGAGCCACAGCUGGCCAGUUUGUGCCUGGAGAACAUAGACAAGAACACAGCGGACGCCCUGGCGGCAGAAGGCUUCACGGAUAUUGACCUUGACACACUGGUGGCUGUGCUGGAGCGGGACACUUUGGGAGUCCGGGAGGUGCGUUUGUUUGGGGCAGCAGUGCGCUGGGCGGAGGCAGAGGCCCAGCGGCAGCAGCUCCAGCCCACGCCCGAGAACAAGCGGCGAGUGCUCGGCAAGGCCCUCACUCUCAUCCGCUUUCCUCUCAUGACCAUUGAAGAGUUUGCCGCAGGCCCUGCUCAGUCAGGUAUUCUGACAGAUCGGGAAGUAGUGAGCUUGUUCCUGCACUUCACUGUGAACCCCAAGCCACGUGUGGAGUUCAUUGACCGGCCACGAUGCUGUCUGCGGGGCAAGGAGUGUAGCAUCACGCGGUUCGGCCAGGUGGAGAGCCGCUGGGGCUACAGUGGAACCAGUGACCGCAUUCGGUUUUCUGUCAGCCGCAGAAUAUUUGUGGUGGGAUUUGGCCUUUAUGGUUCAAUACAUGGUCCUACAGAUUAUCAGGUCAACAUCCAGAUUAUUCACACAGACAGCAACACGGUCUUGGGUCAAAAUGACACGGGUUUUAGCUGUGAUGGGUCAGCAAACACCUUCAGAGUCAUGUUUAAGGAACCAGUGGAAAUUCUACCCAAUGUCAACUACACUGCUUGUGCCACACUCAAGGGUCCAGAUUCUCAUUAUGGCACUAAGGGGAUGAGGAAAGUGACCCAUGAAUCUGCUGCCACUGGUACCAAAACCUGCUUUACAUUCUGCUAUGCAGCAGGCAACAACAAUGGAACUUCUGUAGAAGACGGUCAGAUUCCUGAGAUUAUUUUCUACACAUAACUGGUGACCUUGCAGCUCCUAUAUGGUGACCUGUAUUGGUCAUUAUAGAGCAUCGACGCCAUCACAUUUUACUCAUCAGCUCACGGGUCAUGGACAAGAGGUUCACAUCUACAGUGACAUUGAACUUCACAGGAUUGUGGUCGGUGAGCACCAGUGUACAAGUGACAUAACCUGUGUACAGCACCGCACGGGCAGGUGUUGACAAAUGACCAGUGGACUGCUUACCAAGGUGCUAGUGCAUGACUCAAUGCAUGUGCCCAUCACAGGUCCAAAAUGGCAGUGCGUGAAUGGAGAUUCUCGUGUGUCUUUCAAGACAGUCACGCAGUCCGUUGUUCACACGGUCUCUCCACAUCUUGGUUUCCUGAAUCUUCAUGCAAAAGUGGAAUGCUUAACUGCCACAUUCCUUAACACUUCUUAUUAGAACCCUUAAGACUUGUCGCCUCAAUUUUUUGCUGCCCCUUUUGUGACUCAGUAGAACAAAUGAUUGUCAAGAUACGAUUGAAUGCACUGAUGCACUUUUGGACAUGGGCCAGACAAUCACCCAGACAUGGCAGUUGUUGCAGAUAGAUACUUCAGAUUUAAUUAAGCAUAGAAGUGUUCAAUUUCAUAUUAAAUUUUCCACUGAGAAUCCCCAAGGUGGAUAUGCUUAUGAAAGUACUGUAAUUGUAUAGAUGGGGAUCAAAUAGACUGAAAUGUCUCCAUCUUAGUCAUACAGCCUUUACAGGCUUGUGCUAGAACAUCUUCCAUUUUCAAAGGAAUCAUUAACUUAAGGGUUUUUUUUUUUUUUAAUACUUAAUUCUCUACAGUAAGUAUUCCUCAUUUGUGUGCUAAUGGAUUGUUGCAGUAAUAGGCAUACCUUCACAAAAAAGAUCAGUAUUGCUUUCUGUUGGAGAAAGUGGAAGAAAACUGGACCUGGUGUUCUUGGACAACCAAACAAGACAGGAAACUUUGGCAAAGAGCUAGGGUCCAAUACUGAACUAUAAACUGAAUGUAAAACUAGUUCUAUAAAUGUGGCAAAUUAUAUUUUGCAAAUGCUUUUCAUUGUGUGCUUAAAGUAGACAUAUGUAAAUAUUCAGUGCAAACAUUAAAUAUCUUAGAUGUG